CUCUGACGUCAUCACCGGCGGCCAUCUUACCACAGGCAAGCUCUCUGGCGGAAUCUGUGGUACCUGAGGGAAGGAAAACCAGGAAGAGGAAGAGCUUUCUAUGGGAAGAAACCGUUGCUGACAGCUCUCUUAUGUGAAAUAUCGUACUUGAAGACUUCAGUGUGCUACUAUGGCAGGAGCGUCAGAAGAGUCCAAGCUCCAGCUGGUGUCCAGACACAUUAGAGCGUUUCCAGACUUUCCUAAAAAGGGCAUCCUGUUCAGAGAUAUCUGUCCCAUCUUGAAAGACCCUGCAGCGUUGACAGCAGUGAUUGACCUUUUUGAAGAACAUGUGAGGAAGAAUCACCAGCAUGUUGAUCUAAUAGUUGGUCUAGAUGCUCGUGGUUUCCUGUUUGGCCCUUUAUUAGCCCAGAGACUGGGAACCGGCUUCAUUCUGAUCAGGAAGAAAGGCAAACUGCCAGGACCCACUGUCUCUGUGGCAUAUGAUCUGGAAUAUGGCAAGGCAGAAGCAGAGAUCCAGGAAGACUCGGUGACUCCUGGACAGAAGGUUGUGCUCAUUGAUGAUCUUUUGGCCACUGGAGGGACUCUGUUUGCAGCCUGUGAGCUGAUGAAGAGACUGCAGGCCGAGGUUCUGGGCUGUCUGGUUGUCAUCGAGCUGAAAGAGCUGAGCGGCGGCGACAAACUGAAACCACACAGUGUCUUCUCCCUGGUGCAGUACUGAAGAGCACACUGCUGCAGUGGUGUCACACUGGACUAGCAUUUUCUUUUGAAUGUCAGCUUUAAAGCUCUGACUUUCACCACAGAGGACUGGGACUCUUCUUUAGUUCAGCCUAUUUUGUGACCUGCAUCAGUGCCAGUGUCAGUGUAAAACCCAGCACACCAGUGCACCAUUGUCUAUCCACUGUCCAGCCCACAGGAGGAGCUAAUCAUGGAAUGACAUUAACUGCCGAGGAGGGAUGACUAUCAGUAUUUGUAUCUAAUUGUUGAGAGAGCAAUGUAAUUUGCUUUUGGAUGGAGCGCAAGUAGUAGAGAUCUCAAGUUUGAAACUUUUGAAACAUUUCAAACCUCCUACCCCAAACAGAAGCUUUCAUUACAGCCACAUGAUGAUGAUGGUCCUUGUUUGUUCUUGUUUUAAAUGAGGUGCACAAGUACUUCAUAAUGCUAUAAAAGUGUUUUUCUUCUGUGGGACAGUAAAACUGAAAAGUAAAUUCACUCAGUUCUUGAUUAUAUUUCUUUUUAAACAUUAUUUUGUAAUUUCUGCUUUAUUUGACAGUCACAGUAGAGACUAAUGCUAGAAAUGUUUUAAUCAGAAUAUUACCAUUACUCUCAAAAACACUGGACUAUACUUUUAAAGUUAGAUAAUCUACAGUUAGUGUUAAAUUUCACUGUCUCUUGCGGUGCUGGUAAUUUCCAUAUUGUGGAGCACCAGUGCUAAAUGAACAGAGGAAACACUUAUGUUUCAAACUUGACAUCUCUAUCAAAUACUAUACAAAAUCCUUUUGUAAUUUUUUUACGUUUUACAAUAUUUAAGUGUAAAAGUAAUUGCUCUUCAAAUCAAUUAUUUUAAUAAAGUACACUUACAAUGCUCUGAGGAA